AUGAAGGACCUGGCGGCGCAGGUCGUCGGCGCCGUGCACGAAGAGACUCUCGACGCCGAGCUCUUGGCCGCGGUGGCCGCUGCCGCCCACGCGCGUCCGGACGCCGUCCCUCUCUUCUUCCAAGACGUCGCUCACAUGCUUGCGUUUGGCCAUCCGUCGUCGAGCAGCAGCUCCGAGUCCGACUCGGACAACGACGCAUCAUCCUCGGGCUCGGAGCCCGAGACCAUCGGCACAGCGAGCUGCAUCGACAUCGAGUGUGCGCUGAACGAAGCGCAGGUCGUCGUGCUCCUGCAGUAUGCGCUGCCGAUUUUGACCUCGUCCUGUCUCGCGCCGCACGUGUCGUCCUGGGGCACCUUGGCCCUGCUGUGGUGUGAGCACGGCACGUCGCUGGCUCUGCACGAGCUGCUGAAGCCGUUUCUCCAGAGCGUGUGUCGGUGCCAGGCCUCGGACACGACGCUGCGCGGUCCGCUCGUGCUAGACCGGCUCGUCGCCCAAGUGCUUCGACUCACGUCGCCCGAGCAGACGACCGGCUAUGCGGUGCUCCUGAGUCUUCUGCAAAACAUCCCCGGGGCCGUCUUUGCAGCAAUGAACGCGUGCGUGGCCACUGCAGCAGCCCGCGUCGCCGUCGUUCUCGGCUGCCUCGCGACACGAAGCGUAUUUCCCACGGCGACGUUCUACGCAAGCCCGCUCUGGCCCGCAAUGUUGCACGCUGUCAAAGCCAGCAAGAGCGUAGAGACACUUGUCCCGUGUCUAUGGCUGCUCACCACGCUGCUUCCAUCGCUCUCCAAGGCCGAAGAAAACGUAGCCCGCGUGUUGCAAGCGCUGCGCCACGCGGUCGAAUUGUGUGCGCCGGCGACCGACGAGAGCGCGACGCCGAAUGGCGUCGUCGACCUCUUCUCGACAGCGCAGUGGCCGCUUCUCACUGAAGAUGCCAUGAACGCGUGCAUUUCCCCGACGCCGGGGCGUCCGUGGCGCGUCACUGCCGUCGACGUCGUCUGCACACCCGGAACAAGCCGCCUUCAGUCGCUGCGUCUCACGACCCGGGAUCUCGGGAACGGCGAGGUCACUUGCCACGGGAUUGGCGUCGAGGAUGAAUUCUUGCCGACGCAGACGGUGGCCUUUGCCUCCGACGAGGUCCUCACGGCCAUGGAUGUUGGCACGGACGCAAGUGGUGCCGUCUGCGGUCUCAGAUGUACAACUACGCACCGCACGUACGAUUGGCUCGGCCUUGCGUCGACGUCGGCGCGUCGGUGGGCCGGCGGCGACGAGAUCAUCGGUGUGAGUGCUUUUGUCCAUGCCGAUGGCCUCUGGCGCCUCCAUGCGAUCGCGUCUGGCCCAACCCCGCAGGCGCUGACGUACAUUUCCGGUAUCUUUCAACACGUAUACGCGGCCAAUCCGUGGGCGUGCGUGGACUUUCUUCGCGACGAGACCACGGCGGCGUCGACGCCACUGCUGCGCGCCCUGUGUCUCCAAGUCCGACUCCACCCGGGUCUGGUAUCAUCGUCGCCUAUCGAAGAGAGAGACGUGGCCAUUUGUGCUGCGUGGGUCUCGGACCCGUACCUCACACAGUUCCAGGACGCGGUUGGCACUCGGCAGGUCGAGGCCAUGCAGAGGCUGCAGCAUAAGCUACUCGACAGCGACUACACUGCCAAGGAGGCGACGACACAGCUCCAUUUGCAGGUCGAGAAGGACACGGUGGCGGCUCUUCACGACCGUCUUCACGCCCAGUCGGCGACGAUCCAGGCGUACGAAGAGAAGCAUAUCAAGAUGCACCAAGCGCUCCAGCUUCGGCUGGCGCAGUAUGCCCUCGAGUGCAAACUCCUCAAAGAAAACAACUUGACGCUGCGCCACGAAGUGCAGACGCUCGAAGCCGCGCUCUCGCGAACCGAAGCCGCUCUUCAGCACGCGACGGCCCAAAGCAUCGCGCUGCUGGGCGAGAACGAGCAUCAAUCGGCACAGCUUGCAAGCUCAAGCGCAACUGCAGACAAGUGCGCGAGUCUGGAGCGCCAAAUCGCCGAGUGGCGCGAGUACCACGCGACGGUGCUCGAAAGCGAACGUGACGCGCGCGCGGCGGAGCGCGAAGAGCUGAUUGCGAUGUACGAGGAGAAGCUCUUCAAGGCGCGGGAUCGCAUUGAAGCGCCGCCGAAGCCAAGUAGUGGCUUGGAAAACCCGGCUGAGGACCGCAGCCGCAUCCUCGAGCUCGAAAAACUGCUCAAGCAAAAGGAGCAAGGGGCGCAAGCGCUCCGGGCGAUGCUCGAGCGCCAGCAAAGCGUGUCCGAAGAGAUGCUCAAGGCCGUCAACCGCAAGUAUGACAACGUCAAAGCCAUCAACCUUGCGCUACAGAGGCGCGCGCUUGGCCGAUCGUCCGGCCUUGGGAGCUAA